GUCUUCAGGCCCAUGGAUUUAAUGGUGGAGGCCAGUCCACGAAGAAUAUUUGCCAAUGCUCAUACAUACCACAUCAACUCCAUUUCUAUUAAUAGUGACUAGGAAACUUAUUUAUCUGCAGAUGAUUUGUGGAUUAAUCUUUGGCACUUGGAAAUUACAGACAGGAGUUUUAAUAUUGUGGAUAUCAAACCUGCCAAUAUGGAAGAGCUCACAGAAGUGAUCACAGCUGCAGAAUUCCAUCCCAACAGCUGUAACACAUUUGUGUACAGCAGCAGUAAAGGCACCAUUCGACUCUGUGACAUGAGGGCAUCUGCCCUCUGUGAUAGGCAUUCUAAACUGUUUGAAGAACCUGAAGAUCCCAGUAACAGGUCGUUUUUUUCCGAAAUCAUCUCUUCUAUUUCUGAUGUAAAAUUCAGUCAUAGUGGUCACUAUAUGAUGACUAGAGAUUAUUUGUCAGUCAAAAUUUGGGAUUUAAAUAUGGAAAACAGGCCUGUGGAAACAUACCAGGUGCAUGAAUACCUCAGAAGUAAACUUUGUUCACUGUAUGAAAAUGACUGCAUAUUUGACAAAUUUGAGUGUUGUUGGAAUGGAUCUGACAGUGUUGUCAUGACUGGAUCUUACAAUAAUUUCUUCAGAAUGUUCGACAGGAACACAAAGCGAGAUAUAACCCUAGAAGCAUCACGAGAAAACAAUAAGCCCCGCACGGUUUUUAAGCCACGCAAAGUCUGUGCAAGCGGCAAGCGAAAGAAAGAUGAAAUAAGUGUUGACAGCCUAGAUUUCAAGAAGAAAAUCCUUCAUACAGCCUGGCAUCCCAAGGAGAAUAUCAUUGCUGUAGCUACUACAAACAAUCUGUAUAUAUUUCAAGACAAAGUGAAUUAGGGUCGGCAUUCCUAGCAGAAGAGCCCACUUCCUGCUUAGUUGAGAUAGUUGAAUCUAGCAUUCAUACCUAUAAAAGAGAGAGGUCCAUUGUGGCACCCCUUCCAGUGUUUGACAGUGUGCCAUUCGACAACACAUGUUUAUAGCUACAUGGAGAAAACUCUGGAUCCCUCCCUGGUGUUCUUUCUCCAUGUCUGCUAGCCAUUUAGGUAAGGGUAGGGCACUUUUAAUUUAAAUGACUUCUUGCACUAUCUUGCCUAAUGGACUAGAUUGGACUGUGUCAACAUUGAUUUACUCCACUUUUUAUGCCUUCCAUUGUGAUGACAUCAAACACAGUGAACGCCUUCAGUCAUGCUAUGGGAUUUAAUUGUGUAUCCUCAUUACUGUAUCAUUUGUGGGGUACACCCUUUCCCCUUUUUUAAAUUAAAUACAGCUCAUUCUUACUGUGGCUUGUAGCAUUCCUCCUCUCCAGCCUCCUGGACUCUUCCCCCUCAUCUCUCUUACCCUUGCCCCUUCCACCCAGUCUUGGUGGUGGUAUAUAUAAAAAAAAAAAAAAAAACAAAAGAAAGCACACAAAAUGAAAAUUGGGGUCAAUGGUAAAGGGGGUAUAUGUUGCGAACAAAUGUUUAAUAACAGAUGGCUGUAAUCACUCCUUGCCAUGUCUGGCAACGAAACUAAGAAAAAAAAACUACUACUGAAUAAAAGUGACAAAGAAUGGA